GCUUGCUUGUUCUCGGCUACAUCUGGAGCCAUGACUCCUCGCAUGGUCCAUCAUGCAGCUCACUCAGUAGCGCAAAGCUUAAAUUCCCGUCGGCGAUGGCGUCAAAUAGGAGAAAUAAUAGCGGUCGUACCCGCUGCCGUUGCUUAUGUGGACAACGGGGUCCAUUAUGUCUCCAUGCCGCUUGUGAAUUACGCCACCGCCUCACUUGCUCCAAUGGAGACUGGGCACCGAAAAGCUGGGUUUGCAACGUUGCCAAUAUUGACCCAAUGACCCCGAUUCAACAGCACUGAGGUCGGCGAGAUAACCACCCGGCAGCUACAUGGAUUCCGAAAGCCAUACAUGGAUAGGGUGUCAUUCCCGAUGCCCAGUUACAGUGUUG